GUUCUCCCUGCGUCUCCGUGUCUCUCUCUCCGCAGGCUGUUUGUUAUUCCUCCUCCUGGGCCUGAUGUACAUGUUCCGGCCCAACAUGUCCUUCGUGGCCCCGGUCCAGGAGAAGGUGGUGAUCGGGAUGUUCUUCCUGGGCGCCAUUCUCUGCCUCUCCUUCUCCUGGCUCUUCCACACGGUCUACUGUCACUCCGAGGGCGUCUCCAGGGUCUUCUCCAAGUUGGACUACAGUGGGAUCGCCUUCCUGAUCAUGGGCUCCUUCGUGCCCUGGCUGUAUUACUCCUUCUACUGCUCCCCCCAGCCCCGCUUCAUCUACCUGAUCGUGGUGUGCAUCCUGGGCCUGUCCGCCAUCACCGUGUCCCAGUGCGACUUCUUCGCCACGCCGCAGUACAGGGGGGUCCGAGCAGGAGUGUUUGUGGGCCUGGGUCUCAGCGGCGUGGUCCCCACCCUGCACUUCACCAUCAGCGAGGGUCUGAUCAAAGCCACCACCAUGGGGCAGAUGGGCUGGCUGUUGCUCAUGGCAACGCUCUACAUCACUGGAGCCUGUCUGUACGCAGCCCGCAUCCCAGAGAGGUUCUUCCCCGGGAAGUGUGACAUCUGGUUCCACUCCCACCAGCUGUUCCACAUCCUGGUGGUCGCCGGAGCGUGCGUUCAUUUCCACGGCGUCUCCAACCUGCAGGAGUUCCGUCUCAAGGCAGGGGGGGGGUGCGCUGAGGACGACACUCUCUAACACACACUGACUCAGUCUUACACUCACACAUACACUGCGGGGAGCCACUGGUUCUUAUGCACAGAAUAACACACACACAUAAAGCUAACAAACACACACACACCCCCCCUUCACCUGAGGACCAGCGUGUGUGCAUACUACACAGGAGGGCCCCCCAGUGGGCGCUAUUAAAACUGACUGACGAGGGUCUUUAUUGUCUUUCUGUCCCUCUGUCUGUCCCUCCCUCCCUCCUCUGGCACUUUGAUUAUAAAUCCUCUCCAG